UCUUCAUCCGUCAACUAUGAUACAGCCAAUGAUUCGGAAGACAGCAUAGAACAGCUUAAACAGCAACAACAACAACAACAACAAGAAGAAGAAGAAGAAGGCGAGGACGCUGCUGCAGUAACUGAAGAGCAAGCACAAGAUACAGCUGGUUCUCUAUCACUCGUUCGACAGCUAGCUGCACAAUUCCCUGAAUAUGAAAAGCAAUCUCAUAUGGAGCCCUUUGGAGGUGUUUGGAUGAAUCCCAAUACAGAAAUUGAGAAACUCGAUACCGAAAGAGUACUUGAACUGUCUAAUAAUGGAAGAUAUGCUAAGUUAAAUACUUUUCUCGGAAAGGGCGCCUUCAAAUGUGUUUACAAAGCCAUUGAUAGAGAAGAAGGAUAUGAAGUAGCUUGGAAUGUGAUACAGGUCACUAGGCAAGAAGUGAAAGCUUUUGCCCAUGAAAUUGAAAUUCUCAAGUCUGUUCGACACCCUAACAUUAUCACAUUUCAUGACGCUUGGUAUAACGAUACAGAAUUCGUCUUUAUUACUGAACUCAUGACGUCAGGUACGCUUCGUGAAUAUAUACGCAAACUGACACCCUUACCCAAUAUGAAGAUUGUCAAAAGAUGGUGUCGUCAAAUUUUAAAAGGGCUCGUUUAUUUACACGGCCACCAACCCACCAUCAUUCAUCGUGAUAUCAAAUGUGAUAACAUCUUUAUCAAUGGCGCACAUGGAGAAAUCAAAAUCGGUGAUAUGGGUACAGCAGAAAUGAAAAUUGAUAAGAAAUAUACAGUUAUCGGUACACCUGAGUUUAUGGCUCCAGAAAUGUACGAGGAAAAAGGCUACAGUGAAAAGGUCGAUAUCUAUGCUUUCGGUAUGUGUUUGUUGGAAAUGGUAACUGGUGAAUAUCCUUAUAAUGAAUGCACCAAUGCAGCUCAAGUAUAUAAGAAGGUCACUCAAACCAUCCGACCGAAGUGCCUAUCCAGAGUACAGGAUCCUGAAGUCUUGGCUUUGAUCAAUAGCUGCCUUGCACCAGAGCAUGAACGUCCAUCUGCGCAAGAUAUUCUAGAGCAUUCAUUUUUAGCCGUAGAACCGGAGGUAGUUGUACUCGCAACAGAUGUCGCUAUGAAACAACUCACAUUACAGGUUGUAUUUAAGGGCAUGGAUAAACUGUCUGUCAAAUUUGAGUUCAAUGCGGACACUGACACAGCUGAAGAGGUUGUAGCAGAAAUGAUUGAAGAGCAAGUAUUACCUGAGAGAUACCAACAAUUAAUUACAGGUGAUAUAAACAGACUAUUACGUGAUUUGAAUAAACAGCAACUCUCGGCUCAAAGCGACGACGAUGACAGCAAUAAACUCCUCUUAGAGAAUGAACGUUUGGUAUGGAGGAGAGAGAAUGAUAUUCGGUCCGAACUGGAACGUGCAAAAUCAGAACUAAAGGCAACAAUGACUAAAAUUAUGGAUAUGGAAAGCAAAUGUGACAACUACAGUCAAAGGAUUCAGUUUGCUGAACAAAAAUAUAAAGACACCAUUCUUGCUAUAGAACAGUUUAGGUUCUCUUCUUCAGGCUCUUCCGCAACUACUCCUACAAUUACUUCGUCAUCCCCUACUGAUCUACAAUACAAUCAUCAUCAUUCACAACAACAACAAGCUUACCAUUACCCUUCAACACAAUUAUUACAACAAGAAGACUCAAAUACCGUAUCAUCCACUGCGUCGUCUUCUUCCAUAUCCUCUUCUUCUGCAUCAACUGCUUCUUUGGAUACACCAGAAUACUCCAACGAAACCAGUAUAGAAACGUUCGUAUUGGAAACUGCUGCAGCCGCAGGUCGCAACAAAGACAAAGCAAUUGAAUGGGUCAGAAAAUUACAGAAUCAAGAUAUUAUGACAGUAGGUGACCUCAGAGACCUACAUGAUGAAGAUUGGGCUGGCAUUGGUCUCACUGUGUUCGCUCUACGUGCCCUGAAAAAUAUGUUGUAUGGAAUGUGCAGUAAAAAGUCACAGCAUCAACAACGAUCAAGAACAACCUCAAUAGGAACAAGUACACCUGUUGAUGAACAAGAACAAUUUUUAUAGAUUUUGGAAUGGUAGCGUAGUAUCAUAGAUCAUUCAUUGUAUAUCUUUGCCUUUCCAUUGUAUUUUUAACUAUAUUUUUUAUACACUGCAACUAUCAAAGCAUGAAAUGCCUUCAAUGCAAAUAAAACACCUCUUCUAGAUUCCCCUUAAUUCGUGGCUUUUAAAACGGACUGCUUUUCGGAUUGAAAUUCAGUUUAACGGUGGAAGUUGAAAUAGCCA